AUUCAGUCACCUCUGAGCCUUUUUUCCCUUUCUUCUACAGAACAGAACCCUAAUUUCAUGAUUUAGGUUUCGAUAUCUCUCAAUCUCUCAUCUCUUAUGGUUCUCAUUUCAUUGAUCUCCAAAUUUUUAGGGUUUAGUGAUUUACUCAAUCUCUUUCACUAAUGGGUGCCGUAGUGAUCAAUCGUAAGCGAAGCGAAGAACCCUUCAAUCUCAAUCAACAAUCAACCAACCCUUUACGAAAUUCUCCUUAUUUCCAAGCUUCUAAGAAACGUAGAUUCUCAUUCGGUGGUAUGUCUGAAGAUUCAGGUAAACCAGCAGCUUCGUCUUCAAACCCAACAGUUUCGAGGAUUUCAAGGUACCCUGAUGCUAAAGCUCCUCUUAGACGAGAGGUUCAUGCUCCUAGCAGAGGUGUUCUUAGAUACGGCAAAGCGAAAUCUAAUGAUUACUGCGAAAAGGAUGGAAUUUUCUAUGCUCGUAAUUAUGAUGAUGCAAAGAGAACAGCUUUGGAGGCUUUGAGAUUUGUUAAGAAUAAUAAAGAGUUUGUUGAUUUGAGUGAUGAUGGUGAGAAGGAAGCUGUUUCUGAAGAUUCGAGUGUUGAAGAAAUCGAAGUUGUUGAUUGUGAUGAUGAGGAAGAGAAAUUUGUAGAGGUGAAGAAGAAGAAGGCUGAAGAUCCUUCUUCAUCUUCUUAUGGUGUUACGGAUGUUAUGAAAGGGAGCAACUUUAGAGUUGAGGAUACUAGUACCAUGCUGGAUUCGUUGUCGUUAAGUAGAGAUGUGAAUGAUGAUGCUUCGAGUCUUGAAGCUUAUAGAAAGCUUAUGCAAAGUGCGGAGAGGAGGAAUUCAAAGUUGAAAGCUUUGGGGUUUGAGAUUCUGUUGAAUGAGAAGAAGUUGUCUCAGUUGCGUCAGUUUCGCCCAAAGCCUGUGGAAAAACUUGUUGAGGUGCCUCGUGAACCAUUUAUACCUCUCACAGAGGAGGAAGAGGCUGAAGUCUACCGUGCCUUUUCUGGAAGAAAUAGAAGGAAGGUCUUGGCUACUCAUGAGAACUCAAACAUUGAUAUUAGUGGAGAAGUUCUACAAUGCCUUACACCAUCAUCAUGGCUCAACGAUGAGGUUAUCAAUGUCUACCUUGAACUGCUCAAAGAAAGAGAAACGAGAGAGCCCAAAAAGUAUUUAAAAUGUCAUUUCUUUAACACCUUUUUCUACAAAAAGCUGGUAAGCGAUUCUGGUUAUAAUUAUAAAGCUGUCAGGAGAUGGACUACCCAGAGGAAGUUGGGAUAUGCUCUUAUUGACUGUGACAUGAUAUUUGUUCCCGUCCACAGGGGUGUACAUUGGACCUUGGCAGUAAUUAACAACAGGGAUAGCAAACUCUUGUAUCUUGAUUCACUGAAUGGAGUUGAUCCUAUGAUUUUGAAUGCUCUGGCAAAAUACAUGAACGACGAAGCAAAAGAAAAAAGUGGAAAAAACAUUGAUGUUAAUUCUUGGGACAUGGAAUUCGUUGAAGACCUUCCCCAACAAAAGAAUGGGUAUGACUGUGGAAUGUUUAUGCUUAAAUACAUCGACUUUUUCAGCAGAGGCUUUGGGUUAUGUUUCAGCCAGGAACACAUGCCAUACUUCAGACUAAGAACCGCGAAAGAGAUUCUGAGACUACGAGCUGACUGAAGUUUGCUUGGUCUAAUGUAUUUUCAGCUUUCUAGGGAUGCUAAAUUUGUUUGCCAUUGUUGAUUUGUUCAAACUAGAAAUUCCACUCCUUCAAGGCAGUGAAGGCACUCAGCUUCAAAAGCAGAGUAAAGACCGAGCAAGCCCCCAAAGCUCUUUGCUCCUUCUGUAUGAUAUUAUUUUUUUUGUUUGUCUUAAAUUGUAGAUGGACGUGUUUCGGAUCUCUACUGUUUAUUUUAUAUUCGAUUAGUCUAACUGAAGAUAUAUGAAUAGUUGAAAACCUUUAAGGUUCGAAAUUGGUUCAUUUUUCA